AUGAGUGCCAUCAAGUACAGUUUUGCCCUUCCCAAGUUGAUCCCCACUGGUUCCAACCACAGCAACAAGAGUUCCAUUUCCGACUCGGAAGCCAUGCCGCAAGGAUUCGCUCCUACUCAAGACCAUGUCAUGUGUGGGCGUGGCAAGAAAUGCUACGAACACAACGAGACCUUUCGCACACUUGUCUCUACUCGAUUGACAGAAUACUCGGCCGCUCCUUCCAAACCGGAAAAAUCCCGCAUUGUUUCCUCGGUCUUUGAUGAAGUCAAUCGACGAGGUGGUUUUGUCCGACAAGACAGUAAAACGAAGGUCUGGUAUUCCGUCCCCGAAAUGACGGCUCGCGAAAAGAUUUCCCAAGCGUUCCGGGAUUGUCUGACGGCCCAAUACAAGUCCAGCAAGGAUUGCCGACAAAAGAAGCGCAAACAAGCUCGCGAUGAACUCCGCAAGUCCGAAUUGCAAUGGGAUCAAGCACCCGCUACCAAGCGUGCUCGUCCGGCAUCUCCUCCCACGGCACUCAAGACCAGUGAUGCUCUCAAGCAACUCUUGAUGUUUUCCAAGACCAUUGCCAAUCGCAGUAGUCAACAACAAGAAAACAGCAAUAACAACACUUACAAUAACAACUCCAUGCCUCCUCUGACUGGAACAUCAUCCUCAUCAUCCGCUUGCACGGAUAUCUUUCAAAAUUCAUCCCCGACCAACAAGAAGAGAUCUUCUACUAUUAUUGGCAUGGAAGUUCCCAUUGAAAUUCCAGCCUUCCACCCGGUGUCACUACUGCCUCCCAGUCUCAACCGAUUUGAUUCUGCUUCCAGUGUCGCCAGUUUUGGCAUGUUUGACAGCAGUGAAGAAUUCAUGCCAAUGUCCAGGGUGUCAGCAUAA